GCGGCGCCCGGGGUCUUUCUGUGCGCGUUGAUAUGAUUGGCCGGCGCUAACUAGCUCUCUUUUCCUCCCUGGCUGCCCGAAGCUCCUUCGCCAUCAUGAAUGACACAGUCACUAUCCGCACCAGGAAGUUCAUGACCAACCGACUACUUCAGCGGAAGCAAAUGGUCAUCGACGUUCUUCACCCCGGAAAGGCAACUGUACCUAAAACAGAAAUCCGGGAAAAACUAGCUAAAAUGUACAAGACUACCCCAGAUGUUAUCUUCGUGUUUGGAUUCAGGACUCAUUUUGGGGGUGGCAAGACAACUGGCUUUGGAAUGAUUUACGAUUCCUUGGAUUAUGCAAAGAAAAAUGAACCCAAACAUAGACUUGCAAGGCAUGGCCUGUAUGAGAAGAAAAAGACCUCAAGAAAACAGAGGAAGGAACGCAAGAACAGAAUGAAGAAAGUCAGGGGGACUGCAAAGGCCAAUGUCGGUGCAGGCAAAAAGAAAUGAAGUAUCUAGCAGUGAGCUGGAGAUUGGACAACAGAAGGAGUAGAGACUGCAGUGACUUCUGUGGUUCUUGUCCAGAUUUUUCAUCAAGAUUGAUUAAUAAAUUUUAAUAAAUUGAAA